UCAAAAGUAUUUUUUUUUUUUCAAUCUGAAAUUUGGAUGUAACACACAAAAAAACAAAAUCGGGUCUAUGAUUCUCAUCAGCGGAGCCGCUUCAAAAAUUUCCACCGCCGGUCGUGUUUUAAACGCUAUGAAUCGCCGAAGUUACUCAUCUGCUCGAUUCAUCGCCGCAGAAUCCCUAAAUCCUCGUUCCGAUGAUUCCACUUCAGGUCUCCGAGCUUCUUCAAGGAAGAAAAGGCUAAAGCAGGUAGAUUUGGACCCCUUGGAGAAAGAAUCCACCAGAGGAAUCAAUUCUGCCCGUAAAGUAAUUGAUACGUUUGCAUUACCUGAUAUAGAAGACUCUCCUUACAAGAAGACUAAUGGAUCUGCUUCAUCUCGGACGUCAAAAUUAAACUCAUAUAUAAAAUCAACUGAAGCUAGCACUUCUGCUGAAAUAUCAGGCAAACCACCUGAUCACUGGGAAAAGGUGAUUGAGGGUAUUCGAAAAAUGAAAUCUUCAGAAGAAGCACCAGUUGACACUGUUGAACGUGAUAGAACCGGAAGCUUUUUACCUCCUAAGGAAAGGCGAUUCUAUGUGCUUAUAGGAACACUUCUUUCAAGUCAGACUAAAGAUCACGUAACUACUGCGGCAGUAGACCGUCUUCUUCAGAAUGGCCUUCUCACUCCCGAAGCCAUUGACAAAGCUGAUGAAUCAACCAUUAAGGAGUUGAUAUAUCCGGUCGGAUUCUAUACUAGAAAGGCUACUCAUGUGAAGAAAGUUGCAAACAUUUGUCUAACUAAAUAUGACGGUGACAUUCCAAGCACUUUGGAAGAACUACUCUCACUUCCAGGAGUUGGUCCCAAGAUUGCUCAUCUGGUUUUGCAUGUAGCCUGGAAUGAUGUUCAAGGGAUAUGUGUAGACACACAUGUGCAUCGUAUUUGCAAUAGACUUGGUUGGGUGUCUAAACCAGGAGCGAAACAGAAAACCUCUUCCCCUGAGGAAACUAGAGUAGCUCUGCAACAAUGGCUUCCAAAAGAAGAAUGGGUCGCUAUUAACUUUCUGUUGGUAGGUUUCGGACAAACUAUAUGCACACCGCUAAGACCACGAUGUGGAACUUGUAGUAUCACUGAGCUAUGCCCUUCUGCCUUCAAGGAGACCCCAAGCGCAUCAUCCAAAUUGAAGAAACCUAUCAAAAGCAAGAAACCUUAGUAGCUUUGGUUCUGGAUUCUCCUACUAGAUAAAUUUUAACCCAUAUUGUGAUUUAGUCCUCGGUAAAAGUUAAGCUGUCCCCAAGAAAUUGUAUAGUCUUAUGGGGAAUGCAAGAGCAUCCCACUUGUGUAUAACUUAUAUAGACUGAAAACUUGCCAUAAUGAAAGAAAGACACUUGGGCAAGUAUACUUCUGAUUGAUUGAUAAGAAAAAAAAGCUUUAAAGAUAA